ACACUUCCGUGUUGAAGAUGGCGGAUGAGAAUGAGACAGCACCGAUGCCGGAGAACGAAGAUGUAGAAGACCACGGACACUGCAGCGACUGUGAAAAUGACGAGCACCACUUUGACGAUGGUGAAAAGGGUGAAGACUCUGGCACCAAGAAGAAGAAGAAGAAGCAGAAAAAGAAGAAGAAAUCUGGUGCAACAGAAGGAGCUCAGGACCCCCUCGCUAAGGUGAACUCUCUGCCAGCGGAUAAGCUACAAGAGAUCCAGAAGGCCAUUGAACUGUUCUCUGUCGGCCAAGGCCCUGCCAAAACCAUGGAGGAAGCAACUAGAAGGAGCUAUCAAUUUUGGGACACGCAACCUGUGCCCAAACUAGGGGAGACGGUGACGUCACACGGCUGCAUUGAACCUGACAAAGACCAGAUCCGAGAGGAGCCCUACAGCCUCCCACAAGGCUUUUGCUGGGACACUCUGGAUUUGGGCGACCCUGGAGUGCUUAAAGAGCUUUACACACUUCUGAAUGAGAACUAUGUGGAAGACGAUGACAACAUGUUUCGUUUUGACUACUCCCCCGAGUUCCUGCUCUGGGCUCUGCGGCCUCCUGGCUGGUUGCCCCAGUGGCAUUGUGGGGUCCGGGUAAACUCUAACCAAAAACUGGUUGGCUUCAUCAGUGCCAUCCCGGCGAAUAUACGCAUCUAUGACAUAGAAAAGAAAAUGGUGGAGAUAAACUUCCUUUGCGUCCAUAAGAAGCUUCGGUCCAAACGCGUGGCUCCAGUUCUGAUCCGAGAGAUCACCAGACGAGUGAAUCGGGAGGGCAUCUUUCAGGCGGUGUACACAGCUGGAGUGGUACUGCCCAAACCAGUCGGCACAUGCAGGUACUGGCAUCGCUCUUUGAACCCCCGAAAGCUCAUCGAGGUGAAGUUUUCUCAUCUGAGCAGGAACAUGACUAUGCAGCGCACCAUGAAGUUGUACCGUCUGCCUGAGGCCCCAAAGACAUCAGGUCUGCGCCCCAUGACCAAAAAGGACGUGCCGGUGGUGCAUCGUUUGCUCAAUGAAUAUCUGAGUCAGUUUAACUUGGUGCCUGUCAUGAACCAGGAGGAGGUGGCCCACUGGCUGCUGCCCCGGGAGAACAUCAUCGACACAUUCUUGGUGGAGAACAAUGGUAAAGUGACUGAUUUCCUGAGUUUCUACACACUGCCCUCCACCAUCAUGAAUCACCCUGUCCACCGCAGUCUGAAGGCCGCCUACUCCUUCUACAACGUCCACACCACCACCCCUCUGCUCGACCUCAUGUCCGACGCGCUCAUCCUGGCCAAAUCGAAAGGAUUUGAUGUCUUCAAUGCACUGGAUUUAAUGGAAAAUAAGACUUUCUUGGAGAAGCUUAAGUUUGGAAUCGGAGAUGGAAAUCUACAGUAUUAUCUGUACAAUUGGAAGUGUCCCAGCAUGGGGUCAGAAAUGGUUGGGUUGGUACUCCAGUGAUAUUCGCCAUGAACAGUAUAAACCCAGGAGCCGGCCCCGUUACUGUCCCACUGCGCAGACGACUGACACUUCACUGGUUCAUGAGAAAGCAUCCAUCUAUUCUCUUUUUUUACUUUUUGAACUUUGUCCUGCACUACCGCUGCCAGACAGAGGGGGGCGACUUCUCCGCCUCCUCUCUGAAUCACAUGGACCUUAAGCCAUUGUAGUUACCAUCCCGUUCAACUGUAUUACAAAUGAAAGCUGAUUUGAUUGUACCACAUUCAUAACACUCAGAAAGACGUAUGGUUUGCACUGAUCCAUGUUAGACACUGUUGGCUGAAUACUAUCUAUGUAAAUAUACAAAACACUGCAAUCCGAACAGGUACAAAACAUUUUACUUCUACAUGUUGGAAAUGCUUUUCAGAACUCAAGUCUAGCAUCAGGUUUUAGAAAAAAUCAAAUCAAUAAAAAAAUUAAAAACAACCUUUAGUGGAAUGGGGUUAUGAAUGAAUGCCAAAACGAUAAAGGGCUUUUGUUACAUUUCAUAUAUUGGUUCUCUUUUGCUUCAGGGCUGGGCGAUAUGACAUUAAGAUACAACUCAAGCCUUUAAUGAUAUGCCGUUUUGGUUGUCUGGUUGUUUCAGGUGUCCUAACUCGAGACGUCCAACCUAGUCACUCAGGAUCAUGUAAAGCGGAUUAAUACGAACAUUUUAAGACUGAUAUUUUUAUUUCGCUAAUGUGUCUGUAACUCAAGGUAUGAACAUUAAUAACAAACAAAUCAGCUGCCUUCUGUCCGCGAUGUCGCUCCUGCUGGCGUAAGCAACAGGUUUAAUUGACAGCGUUGCUAAACGCCCACACCUCUAGUUUAGCAGUGUUAGCAGCGUUACCUUCAACAGCCUCACUCCGGAUUGGCUCUUUGGUUGCUAUGAUACUUGCGAUCGUAAUUCCAAAUAUGAAGCUCCAAAUUUGCCACCAUAACUGCUAGCCUCAAUGAGCUUCAUUUGACCGGAGCUGAAUGUUGUGGGCGACGUCACACUCACUUAGUCCACUUCUUUAUACAGUCCAGUAUAACGUUCAAAACUAAAUGCAAGCUAUUUUACCUGAAAUUAAUCAAAAUUUGGAGCUUCAGUUGUUUAUUUUGCAAAAAUUUGUGCUUCCCCCCCCCCCUUUUUUACAUGUAAGCAGCCAUAUUUGUUUUUAACACGAACGGACCAUGCAUCUCUCUCUGAUUGGUUAAUCCGCCUGUCAAUCACCCCCUUAGAAAUCAGGGAGACAGGAUACAGCUUCAGUAGCACUCGUCUUUGUAAAAUUUUGUUUUGGUUCUGGCUGGUGACAAUGUUAGUGAUAUCGUGCUUUUGUAACUUAGUGAUUUUCUGUUUAAUGCUUGUUCUAUGCUUAAAGGCGGACAGCUUGCCCCACCAACUCCUAUGGUCAGGUGGAUUCAACCAGUCGUAGUGAAGUGUGGACUUUCCAAAUCAGAAUAUGGCUUUGAUUACAUCGUAAAAGCAUGGCUAAAGAUUAAAUGUGCAUUAUGUAACUUUUAUGGUGGAUUUUCUGUCACCUGCUUGUCUCAUGAACGUGUUCUUGAGACAAGGGGGAUUCCAAAGCUUUUUGCAAUUUUGUGGAACAUUCCAUCCAAAGCAGUAACAUAGAAUGUAGGACUUCAGGCCCAGCAGCUAAAAAACUUGCACAUUUCCCUUUUAAUUAAGUGUAAUUAAGUAGCGACGGUAGCUCAGUUGGUGUUUUCCACAAAUCUGAAGGUUGGCGGUUCGAAUCCCACUCUUGACAUAAACUUCAUUGGUUGAGCGAUCAUAUCAACUGACCCACAGGUUGGCAGUGCUAUUCCAGCUCCCACAAAUGAAUACUGUUGUUGUGUCCUUGGGCAAGACACUUAACCUGCUUCGCCUCCAGUGUCUGUGUACACUGGUGUAUGAAUGUGUGUGUGAAAGGGUGAGCGGUUCCUUGACAUAAAGUGCUUUGAGUGACUUGAAGGUGGUAAAUCGCUAUAUAAAAAAAUUUGACUAUUUACCAAAUCGAAUUUUUAUCAAGGCUCUUAGAAACUUUUAACAUGAAUUUUCUUGUCAUAUCGCCCCCUCCUGGUAUUUUGUGUUUUGAUUUCAUGCCGCCUGUUCAGUAGUGAGUUGUUGAUGCUUUUUACAUUGCUACAUUUGCCAGAACAGUUUUUUUCUCUUUAGUAUUUCUGCACUAAUGGAAGAAUCAAGAUUUAGACAAUAACGAAAUACUGACUGUUAUAAUAAACCAGCUCAGUCUAUGACCUGAAUCAGAGUUGGGCCUUUUAAUCAGCUACAAUAAUGGGCUUUACUUGAAGAUUGUAUCUGGAAGCACUUCGUUGUCUUGGUUGGAGAGGACCUAGUUCCAAUUUCCACUUCUUCUUUUACAUAUUAGUGAGUUAAUAUAAUAAUUUAUUAACUUUAAGGUGCGCUACAUAACUUUCCUUGUGCCUGUUUGUCUCCAUGGAGAUGCUAUUGCUUUGCCUGUAAUCUUCCGCAGUAUGGCAUUAAACUAGCUAUGUUGUGCUAGUAAUAUAAAUCCCUGUAUUUGAACCCUUUUAAAGUGUUGCCAUAUCCAGGGAGAUAUGUGUUUAAUGCCAUACUGUGGAACAUUUUGGGCUAAGCGAUAAAAUCUCCAUGGAGACGAGCAGAUGGUGGACCUUAUACCAGAAAUGUUACAUAGUUUAUUUUUAAUCAGGUUCAGAUUUAGUUUUACAUAUUAGCGAGUUACUAUAGUAAUUUAUUAACUUGAAGGCGCACUACGUAACUUUUCUUGUGCCUGCUUGUCUUCAUGGAGAUGGGAGAUUUAUUGCUUUGCCUGUAAUAUUCCACAGUAUGGCAUUAAACUAAUCUAUGUUGCGUUUGUGCAAUUACAAGCAUUUAUAUUUCUAACAAAAAGAAUACCUGGCUCUAUUAAAGUGUUGCCAUAUCCAGGGAGAUGUGCGUUUAAUUAAUGCCAUACUGCGGACCAUUCCAGGUAAAAUGGUAAAAUCUCCAUAGAGACAAGCAGAUGGUGGACUCUACACUAGAAAUGUUAUGUAGUUUAUCUUUAAUCAGGUUCAGGUUUAGUUUUCGUUGUGGAUUUUGACACUGGGCCCAUUGAAAUACAUUUGCAGGACAUUGUGAACUGAAGUUGGCUUAUUCCCUGUUUAAGUGUUUCUUAUGUAAAAUGCAAGUUUAUUUGCAAAGCGUUCUUUAACAAUAUUUGGUCUCAUGGAGUGUUACAGCAGAAGAAUGAGAAGAUGUGGGUGAUUUUUUUUCCUCUUUUUUUUUUGAGCAAAAAAUAAAAUUAGGAAGUUA